AUGACCGGCAACAAAAAGAAAAAGAAGCCAGCGGCCAGCGCUGCUAGAGGCUUUGCUACAACUUCGAUUGCCUCAAAACCGAGAGCAGAUCCGGUCGAGGGCGCUGAUGCUCCGUCCACUCCGCAACCUGCUGCGAAAGGCAAAGACGGCGCACAGGCACCCGCAACGUCCCAAAACUCAAAAUUGACGACUGCGGAUAGUGCAUCAUCUGGGCACGGCAAGGCUACGGCGGCACACACUUUGAGCCCCGAGGAGUUUGAGAAGCAGUUAGAAGAGUCGGAGCUCCAACUCCUUGUCGACAAACAUGCGCAAAAGGUUCGCCGUGAUGCUGCACGCCAGUUUGCACGUUUAGAAACCGACCGCCGAAUACUACGAGGCCAGGCUGAAUCUAUCAACUCCAAAAAAUGGAUUCCUCAGGAGCUGAUGGACCAAAUUCUUGAUUUGAUUCAGUCGGAAAGUCGAUUUGCGGCUUCGAAUGUCGGCUCAGAAGCCUUGCCGAGCGGAAAGCUGCUUUCUGAGGAGGAUCUGACGAUCAAGUUGUGGACGCUCGAACAAGCCCUUGAGCUAGCUGGCUUUCCGGAUGACAAAGUGCAGGCAGUCCUCAAAUAUGUCCUGGACAUCUCCACACAAGUUGGGCCUGGCCCUAAAGAUUCAAUUUGGGGUCUGGAAGAGGCCUUAGAUCGGUCGCCAAAAGGAAGUUCUUCAAAACAGUCUGUCAUCACCUUCGAUGGCGACAUUGAACCUGAAGAGCUUGGUCCGGCGUAUCUCGACACCAAGGCACGGCUCUUUACCCUGCAACGACCAUUGCAGGUAACCACGCAAAAGGGCCGGCUCAACAACCAACCGGCGCCCGUAGUGGUUCUAUCCGAAGCAGACAAGCUGGAAACUGCGAAGCUGCUCGGAAAGCUCGAACGGAUCGAGAACGACAUUCUCUUUGACAGGAAACUCGCAGAAAUGCAGUGGCGGUCCAAGAAGAUUAUUCUCGAACGCGAGUUUUCAGAAGCCACAAAGAAGGCAGCGGAGGAGAAGCGUGCCAAAGCCAAGGCUAAGGAGGAGGCGGCGGCGGCUCUUCCGGACGAUUCGUCAGAUACCUCAGAUUCAUCUGACGAUGAAUCUGAAGACGAAGUUAGCAAGGAGGCAAAGCGAGUCGCAGCCGAGAUUCUUGCAGAGGACGACAGCGACGACGAUGCAAUCGCAGAUCUAUUCGCGAGCUUGCCAGUGAGCGAGGUCGACCCCAAUACGGGCAAGACUAACACCGUGGUGAACAGUUCGGAUGGUUCAAAAGUCAUCAUCCGCGACUUCGGAAAAUGGACGGGCGUGAGCCCGGUGCGUGUCUUAGAAGAGGCCUGCCGUGCGAGAGACUCGUCCGUUCGUAUUUCUUAUCAACUUGUUUCUGAUAUUUCAUUUGCCAACCGGCACAUGGUGUCGAUCGCCUGGACGAAGCCGCAAGAAAUUCCACAGCUUGCUCCUUUGUCAGACCUCGAAGUCGGCAUGGUGAAUACACGAUUCGUAUUCAAAAUGGUCAAGGUGGCCACUCCUGACGCCAAGCAGUCCGAAGCUUUCAUUGCGACUGCAGCCUUGUUCUUCGUUUUCGGAGCGUCGGCGAAGGAGGAAAAGGUGGCUAUGCGACUGCCUCCUGCAUGGCGAGAUCUUUGGUCCGAGUUCGCUAAGGUCAAGAAAAGCCAGGCUGACUCACUUGACCGCGAAGCCAUAAAGAAGCUCCGUGACCUAGUAAGUCUGAGGCGAGACCAGGAACUAGAGGACGGAGUUGUCCUGCAAGGUGCCUUCCGUGGUCGUGCUGCAGGUCGAAGUGCGGCAGAUUCUGGAGAGGACUCAGGCAUUGAACGGGGCGGCCAGACUGUAUAUGGCCCAGAGUAUUAUCAGCGGAUCUGGCAGGAGAAAUCCAGCACACCAAAGUACCAGGCCAUGCUACAGUCUCGGAUGCAGUUACCCAUGUGGGCGUUCCGCGAUCGUGUGCUCGAGGCUGUUGAAAGGGAGCAGGUGGUGAUUGUGUGCGGUGAAACGGGUUGUGGCAAAAGUACACAGGUCCCGUCGUUUCUCCUUGAGCACCAGCUGGCGCAGGGGAAGCAAUGCAAAAUCUACUGCACCGAGCCUCGUCGCAUAUCUGCCAUCUCAUUAGCACGGCGUGUGAGUGAGGAACUGGGCGAAGGUCGAAACGACUUGGGCACACCACGGUCUCUUGUUGGCUUCUCAAUCCGACUUGAGGCAAACACGUCGAAAGAGACGCGACUAGUCUUUGCCACGACUGGUAUUGUCAUGCGAAUGCUGGAGGGCUCGAACGACCUGCGCGAGAUCACUCAUCUGGUCCUGGAUGAGGUACACGAGCGGUCCAUUGACAGCGACUUCCUGCUGAUUGUGCUGAAGAAGCUCCUGACGCGGCGGAAAGAUCUCAAGGUGGUACUCAUGUCGGCCACUGUGGAUGCUGAGCGCUUCUCCAAAUACCUCGGCGGAGCGCCGGUCCUGAACGUCCCCGGACGCACGUUCCCUGUACAGGUCCAAUACCUGGAAGACGCCGUCGAAGCCACUGGGUACUCGCAUGACCAACGCGUACAGGAGAAAAACAUUGAUCUCGAUGACGAUCUCGUCGACGAAAUCGUCGAGACGUCCUCCAAGCCAGAUCUUCUCAAGUCGCUCAAGGAUUACUCGAACCGCACUCGCAACACGCUUGCUCAGAUGGACGAGUACCAGAUUCAAUUCGAUCUCAUCGUACAGCUCAUUUCCCAAAUCGCAACCAGUCAGCAAUACAUCAAAUAUAGCCAAGCGAUUCUUGUCUUCUUACCCGGUAUAGCUGAAAUUAGAACACUCAAUGACCUGCUUCUGGGUGACAAGGCAUUUGCGGAAAACUGGCUCAUCUACCCGCUCCACUCGACAAUUGCAACCGAAGAGCAAGAAGCUGCAUUCCUGGUGCCCCCUCCUGGGUACCGGAAGAUUGUCCUGGCUACUAACAUUGCCGAGACAGGCAUCACAAUUCCUGAUGUGACUUGCGUGAUCGAUACAGGAAAGCACCGCGAGAUGCGUUUUGACGAACGGCGGCAGCUGUCGCGGCUAAUCGACACCUUCAUCUCGCGAGCCAACGCAAAACAGCGUCGUGGUCGAGCCGGUCGUGUGCAAGAAGGUCUUUGCUUCCACCUCUUCACCAAGUAUCGACAUGACCAGAUUCUCAGCGAACAACAGACACCUGAGAUGCUGCGCCUUUCCUUACAGGACCUUGCAAUCCGUGUCAAGAUGUGUAAGAUCGGUGCCAUCCAGGAAACUCUCGGGCAGGCACUUGAUCCGCCCUCAGAAAAGAACAUCCGCCGCGCCAUCGACGCCUUGGUUGAUGUGCGUGCCCUGACGGCAUCCGAGGAACUCACACCGCUUGGUGUCCAGCUGGCUCGCCUUCCGCUCGAUGUGUUCUUGGGCAAGCUGGUCUUGAUGGGCACGGUGUUCAAGUGCUUGGAUAUGGCAAUUACCGUGGCAGCGAUUCUGUCGUCCAAGUCACCCUUCACGGCACCGUUUGGCCAGCGCGCACAGGCCGAUACCGUCCGUCUGGGCUUCCGCCGUGGCGACUCGGAUCUGCUGACUGUCUACAAUGCAUACUUGGCGUGGAAGAGAGUGUGUCAGUCGGCCGUCAGCGCUGCAGGCGGCGGCGAGUUCCAGUUCUGCAAGAAGAACUUCCUCAGUAUCCAGACGCUCACGAAUAUCGAGGAUCUCAAGGGCCAGCUCCUGGUGUCACUUGUCGACUCCGGGUUCUUGCCCCUCACAUACGAAGAGCGGCGCAACCUGAACAAGCUUCGUUACUCAUCGAGCGGACGCGGCGGGCGGCGGCGACAGCAAGCUUUCUUUGAGCUCCCGCAGCGCGUCAAUACCAACAGCGAUGUGGACAUUAUCUCGCAGUCUGUGAUUUCAUGGAGCUUCUAUCCGCGUCUACUGGUGCGUGAUGCGCCGGGCGGCGGCAACGGACUGCGCAACAUUGGCAACAACCAGGCAAUCCGGCUACACCCUUCGAGCGUCAAUCGGGGCCACAAUGAGCUGCGGUGGUUGUCGUACUACAAUAUUAUGCAAAGCAAGUCUCUGUACAAUGCUCACGAGACGACGGCCGUCGAGGCGUUCCCGAUCGCGCUGCUCUGCGGAGAUAUGCGAUGUGAUAUGUUCUCCGGUGUGCUCAUUCUCGAUGGCAACCGAGCACGCUUUGCAGUCCCAGAUUGGAAGACACUGCUGGUGAUCAAAGUGCUGCGGUCGCGCCUGCGCGAUAUGCUGUCGCGGUCGUUUAAGGCGCCGGGCAAGCAACCGACGGCGCAACACCAAAAGUGGUUCGACGUGUGGCAGCGCAUUUUCACGCAAGAUUUUGGGUCGGACAACAGCACCGCAUUGGCCUCAACCUCGGCCUCUGUAGUCGUCAACAACAACGGUGUCGGCAACAGCCACAGCUUAUCAGUGUAG